UUACAACUCUAAUGGGCCGGGCUUAUUGAAAGUCCAGCCACAGUAGAAUCUCCUGCUUCACGGAGCACCGGCUUCAUCCUCUGUAAAUUAGGGUUUACAAUUUCUUCAUCGCUGUUUCCUCAAUUUCAAUUUCUCUGAAGUUCGUACACUAAUCUUCAAACAAUGACGAAACAUGAUAAUGAACGAAACUAUAAUGACGAAGAGAGGAAGAAACGAAUGACAAUGACGAAGAAUAAGAAGAGGAAUAUUUCUCGGUUGGGUGGAAGUGGACUUUCGCUUGACGCUUUCGCUAAUGCCAAAUCCAAUAACAGUCAAUACAAUCCAUCGCUCAUAAAGAAGCAAAGGGAGUUAUACAAGAAUGCUAAGAAUGUGCAGAAGUAUAGGAAGAUGCUAAAGCAGCAAAACCAGCAUAAUGAUCCCUCGGUGGCCGAAAGACAUGUCGAGAAUUUGAAUGAACCCGAAGAGGACAACAAGGACAAGAAUGAGAGGAGGAAGAGGAAGAAGGAUAGUGCUUUUAGUUUGGAAGAAUUAUACAAGAAGCAGCAUGAAGAAAAAGAGAAAGAAAGAAUGGAGAGGGAAGCAAUUUUCCAAGAAAAGAAAGAACAGCGAGAAAAAGCCGAAGCUCACAGAAAAACUUUACGACAAAAAAUGCUUAAGAAAACACGAAAAGGACAACCUGUCAUGAAAUACAGAAUUGAACAUCUCUUGGAGACAAUUCAAAGCUCAGCCAAAAAUGCAGCUGGCAACUAAUCCUAACUAUUGGAAUAGAGAAGGGCCAAAUGCAGAUAACAUCUACAUCCCUUGAAUUUCAAGAGCAUGGUAAUACUGUUUUUACAUAGAGCUGUUAUUCAUCAGAAUUCUGUUACUGACAAUGAGUCAGUCACACUGUAUUCAUCAGUGACAAUGGUUGUAUCAAAUUUUGCACCUUAAUUUAUACCAGUAGUCCUCGUUGUAACCGCAGUAGGUGGUAGUAUUGAAAUAGAGAACUUGCUUUGUAGCUAAACUUAUUUUGUCGAUUAAUCAAGUUGGCAAAGAAAAUCAAUUCAAUAAACAAUUUCCAGAA